AUGGACUCAGACAGGAGUGGUGUUCUGACAGAGGUUUCUGUUCAAGAGCCAAAGGCCAAUUCCAAAGGAAAAGCUGUUGCUGGGGCUGCUCCUCCUCCCCCUGUUGUAAUUUCCUCAAAAGUUACUACUACUUCAAACCCAAAAGGAGGAUGGAAAAGAGGCUUUGCCAUUUUUGACCUUGUUUUAAGGCUUUGUGGCAUUGCUGUUGCUUUAGCUGCCACUGCCAUAAUGGGAACUACUGAACAAACUCUUCCAUUCUUCACACAGUUCUUCCAGUUCCAAGCUCAAUAUAAUGAUCUUCCAACUUUCACGUUUUUUGUGAUUGCAAAUGCAAUAGCUAGCGGAUACCUUGUCCUCUCCUUGCCCUUCUCUAUAGUCUGCAUCGUUCGGCCACAUUUAAGAGGACUAAGGAUCCUCCUUAUCGUCCUCGAUACACUGAUGAUUGGCCUUGCCAUGGCUGCAGCUGCCUCAGCUGCUUCCAUUGCGGACUUAGCUCAGAAUGGGAAUUCAAACGCUAAUUGGGCCCCUAUUUGCCAGCAGUUCGAUGACUUCUGCCAGAGUAUCACUGAGGCUGUUCAGAGUUCCUUUGCCGUAGCAGUCAUCUUCAUUUUGCUGGUUGUUUUCUCCUCUUUGGCUCUGAGUAGAAACUGAGAGAGGCUAGACCAUCAUGGAGCUAGCUAAGUCUGUGUUUUGCUAUGUACAUAAGAAGUGUCAGAUGUUCUACGUACCUUCCAACAACUUGUGGUGUG